CGAGCAUCUGCAGACUGUUUCUCUACAAUAUCUCUCCUGCUUUUCCUCUUGAAUGCACAUACAAGAAAACUGUCAAGAGCUCCUUCACACAACAUCGACGCGGGAGCACCCUAACUGACUCGGAGCAAACACGAUGCAGACCAGGUCGGCGUUUUAACCACGAACUCACGAGUAAACCCCAGCUCCGAACAAAGACAUUCAUCCUCGGAUCCUUCCUUUCCACAUUCAUCGAAGCACACAGCACCCAAAACCCAAGGACCCCACCAACUGAGCGAACACAAAAGGCCGAGGCGGGAGGAGAGAAACUUAAGGUAUCAUUGCACCAUCAGCAUCAUCAGCUUCAGGAAGGUGAAGCCAUGGAGUUAGAUGAGCCGAUGGGAAAGCUUACGGAUCGGAUGCAGAUCAAGCGAGAGCAUGGCGUAACUCUGUUGCAAUCCGUACUAAGUAAUGCAGAUCCUUUGCGAAGGCAAGAGUUAUGGGCGAUAGCGACUCAACGAGUGAAACUACUAAUGAGCGCUCAGCAAUGGGAGAGCCGCCAUGGUGGCUUCUGUGCUGCGAAGAUUCUUGUGUUGGGUGGUCAGCAAAUGGCGUUUGACGAUGAACUCUUGCCGUUAGCUACCCUUCAUCUCGAGGAUACUGAACCUGGAGUUCGAUUGGCGGUUGGUGAGUGCUUGUAUGCCCUGGGGAAAGUGCAGGGAAUCUCCGUUUAUGACAGUAUCAAAGACCGUCUACUACUGAGUAUUCAAAAUGGAUUCGAUGGUGAUUUAAUUAGUGGGGAUGAAAGCGACCAGGAUGCUUUUGAAGAAAGCCCUGUGAAAAAGAUGCCAUCUGUGAAACAAGUCCAUUCUGGUCAGAAUGGUGCAAUGGGUAGCAGAUGUUUGGAAACCUCUGUAAAAGCCCUCCAAAGACUAAUGGAGGGAUGCGGCGAGAGCUUUCAGGACCAUGUGACUUCCCAACUUUGGCAACUGCUGUUGAAAGCUUUGUCUCACCACAAUCGAUUUGUUCGGGAAACAGGCUUCCUAUGUGUCAGCACGCUGUGUCAAUUCUCUCCAAUGGACGUUUUGAAAGACAAUGGUGGAUUAAUAGCCUCGUAUUUGGCGCUUGGAUUAAGUGAUAACUGGAGCCAAGUUCGAUACGCGGCAUCUAUUGCGACAAGGACGUUUAUGCGAAGGACAUCGGAGUUCAAGUCUGAUUUCUUUUCCAAAUUAUUGCCAGCCAUGUGCUUGAACAGAUAUCACGGAGCUGAGGGUUUGAGGCUCUAUUCUCAAGAAACUUGGCAGUUGGUGAUGGGUUCAACAGGACGGGAGGAAGUAGCCAAGUAUGUUGAUGUUGUCUUGGACUACUAUAUUGUACAAUCAACUGCGCAAAAUCACCUAGUGAAAGAGGCAGCAUGCCACUGCAUGGCAGAAUUAUUGUGGAAAAUCGAUCCUGAGAGGAUUGGAUCGUUAGUACCACGUGUGCUCACUACAUUGAUGAGCUGUUUCAAGGAUCCUAGUUGGGCAGUGCGGGACGCUGCGUGUUCAGCAAUGAGAAAGGCUAUUGAAGGCUACCCUGAAGAAAUGAAGAAAUUAAUGCCACAACUCUUCGACAUGUGGUUCGCUCAUUUGGCAGACAAUGUAAGAAGUGUCCGUGAGAAUUCAGCAUUUACUCUAGGAAGUGCAAUGCGCUGUUUUCAAGGAGAGGCAAUAGAGAUGGCAGUUGCAGUACUACAAGAGGUUUUGCCUCAGGCAAAGAAUCAAGUAGAUAAACCGUGCUGCUGCCAUGGUUCUCUUCACGCUACUCAAUGUGCCUCACCUGGAGCAGGACCACACCAUGGGCGUCCGCCUUCAGCAGAAGAAAACAUGGAUGGCGCAUUAUCUUCGAAUCUUCUGCCGAAGCUGGCAGAGCGUUGUGAUGAUUACGGAUUUUCUAGAAAGAGCGAACCUUGGGAAAAAUCGGAAGGUGGCAUUUAUUUACUACGAGAGCUUUCUGUUGUAGCUCCGGAUCGUGCGGCCAAGUUCUUACCAGCCCUAGUACAGCUGGCUCAGAGUUCUGGAUAUGUGGAAUAUCACAGCCUGAUGGAAACCCUUUACAGACUCUUGCCCUUCAUUGCUGAGAAACUGGGGAAGAAGACUUUCAAGCCGUACUUGGAAUUGUUUAUUGACCCCCUUUUUUCCGCUUUGACCUGCGGCCAGAGACUCUCAGAGAACGCAUCCGGCUAUUGCGUAUCCAAGCUGAUUUCAUUCAUUGGGCCGAACAUUUUUAAAGCCCGAUUGGACAGCAACCAGCUAGCAAUUUUGCAAUCGAGUCCCUUGAUCAACGCUCAUUCCAUGACUGGAGGUAAAGCCAUUGGGAACCAAGUCAGUUCAUCAGUGAUGUAGUCCGGACAUACGCUUGUUUCAAUCAGCAGUUUUUAAUGCUGUUAGGUGCAUUCGGUGUUGGCUAAUCUGAGAUCACGCUAAAAUUUUGCUUGGAUAUUUUCCUAGAAGUUCUGUAUAGACGUGUUUUUUCCAGAACUUUUGCUCGUAAUUCUGUUCCUUUUGACCUAUUAGCACAGUAGAUGGAGUGAUAACAUGACAACACGACAGACCAGUUUAUCCGCAUCCUUUGUGAUGGUCGAUUGGAAUAGAAUAAGAGCCGUGUCACAUAUCGAUCUUAGCCAGGGGUGACGGAUCUCAUUGUCAUCCUGAAUGCUGGUCUUUAGCUUACUGUGCAUGCCGUGAUGCACCACCCCAUUUGCAAGUUUGUGGGUCCCUGUAGAAAGUGCUGCUCAUUCACUUAAAAUUGACAUGCAGACAUUGGAACAUUGUUAACUUCAUGCAUUAUUACAUCCAGCAUGUUCAAUGCAACGCUGUUACACAUGA